AGAAAGAAAAAAUCAGAGACGGAAGGGGCUUAGGCCACAGUUCAGGCCCCUCCUACUCUGUUUUUUUCUUCCCCCAUCUACAAUAACAACUUGAAAGAAAAAAGAACUAAAAUUCUCUUUCUUGAUUUCUUGAAAUUGUGAAUUCUAGAAAAUUAAAAAAUGGGGUUUGGUGGUGACAACAAAAAGAAGAAAGGCAUCAUCGCCGGGGCUAUCUCGGCUUUGCUCGUUGUCAUGGUUGUCUCUGUGGCCGUCAUAGUAUCAAAAGAUUGCAAGGCUUCAGACAAAAUUAAAACGACAACAAAGGCAGUCCAAGCGGUCUGUUCACCCACUGACUUCAAAGACACAUGUGUAAACAGCCUCAUGGAAGCUUCUCCUAACUCUACUGAGCCUCUAGAUCUCAUCAAGCUCAGCUUCGACGUCACCAUUCGAUCCAUCAAAGAUGGCAUCAAGAGAUCCUCCACAGAGCUGAAAGCCAAGGCAGCCAAAGACGAAGAGACCAAGGGAGCUCUAGAGUUGUGUGAGAAUCUUAUGAAUGACGCUACGGACGAUCUGAAGAAGUGUUUUGAUAACUUUGAUGGGUUCUCAAUAACUCAAAUCGAAGACUUCGUAGAGGAUCUUCGUGUCUGGCUCAGUGGCUCCAUUGCGUAUCAGCAAACAUGUAUGGAUACUUUUGAGGAAGUCAAGUCAAACCUUGCACAAGACAUGAAAAACAUCUUUAAAACAUCCAAAGAACUCACUAGUAAUAGUCUUGCCAUGAUUACUGACCUCUCAAUCCUUCUUGGAAAGGUCAACAUCACAGAAGUAACCGGAGAUCUAGGAAACUACGCUAGGAAGCUUUUGUCGACGGAAGAAGGUAUCCCAAGCUGGGUGGGAACAAACACUCGAAGGCUCAUGGCAGCGACGCAAGGAGGUGUAAAAGCUAACGUGGUGGUGGCGCAAGACGGAAGUGGUCAGUACAAGAGUAUCGACGAGGCCUUGAAGGCUGUGCCUCAAAACAACAGAUGGCCAUUCGUUAUCUACAUCAAGCAAGGUAUCUACAAGGAGAAUGUCGACGUUACCAAAAAGAUGACUCACGUCACUUUCAUCGGAGAUGGACCCACAAGAACUAAGAUCACCGGUAAUCUUAACUUUCGCAUCGGCAAAGUCAAGACCUACCAAACUGCCACUGUCGCAAUCAACGGUGAUAACUUCACAGCGAAAAACAUCGGAUUUGAGAACACAGCUGGUCCCGAAGGACAUCAAGCCGUGGCACUAAGAGUCUCUGCGGAUUAUGCGGUUUUCCACAACUGUCAAAUGGAUGGCUACCAAGACACACUCUACGUGCAUGCCCACCGUCAGUUCUACCGUGACUGCACAAUCUCCGGCACAGUAGAUUUCAUCUUUGGAGACGCAAAGUCACUCUUCCAAAACUGCAACAUCGUGGUGAGAAAGCCCAUGGGAGGCCAAUCUUGCAUAGUCACAGCUCAAGGACGCACCGACGUGCGUGAAUCCACGGGGAUUGUGCUACACAACUGCCGUAUCACCGGAGAGCCGGCGUAUAUUCCGGUGAAAGCUGUAAACAAAGCAUAUCUUGGAAGGCCAUGGAAAGUGUUCUCGAGGACCAUUGUAAUGAUGACGAACAUUGAUAACGUUAUUGACCCAGCGGGUUGGCUUCCUUGGGAUGGUGAUUUUGCACUCAACACGCUUUAUUACGCCGAGUAUCAGAAUAGUGGGCCUGGGUCAAACCAAGCCCAACGUGUUAAUUGGGCUGGAAUUAAGAAUAUCUCGCCUAGGCAGGCACUUAAAUUCACUCCUGCUAGAUUUUUACGCGGCAACUUGUGGAUUCCACAAACUCAUGUGCCUUAUACGCCUAAUAUGCAGUAGA